AUGAUAAUAGGCUGUCGAUCGGUGGAGUCCUACCGCAAGCUGAAUCGAAUCGAAGAAGGCACAUAUGGCAUAGUAUAUAGGGCGCAGGAAACUUCAACCGGAGAAAUAUAUGCGCUCAAGCGGUUGAAGCUGGAGCGAGAGAAAGAGGGGUUUCCAAUAACCUCUCUGAGGGAAAUAUAUGCUCUUUCCAAGCUCUCUCCGCACCAAAAUAUUGUACGCUUAAAGGAGAUCGUCGUCGGAAAAUCCAUUGAUCAUGUAUUCAUUGUGAUGGAGUUUAUUGAUCAUGACUUGAAAUCUCUUCUUACAAGACACAAAGCAAGUGUAGAUCUUCCCCUCUCCAUCAAUAAUCCCCAGUUCCAAAUUUCGGAAAUCAAGACGAUAUUACGGCAGCUGUUGGAUGCAACUCGCCUCAUGCAUGACCAUUGGAUAGUUCACCGCGACUUGAAGACUUCAAACCUGCUUUUUACAAACACGGGCCUGAUUGGCACUCCUCCGCCGGCAUUAACACCUGUAGUUGUGACUCUCUGGUAUCGCGCGCCCGAGAUAUUACUGGGAGCCCCGACCUAUUCUUCCCCCGCAGAUAUUUGGUCGAUCGGCUGUAUUUUCGGUGAAUUGCUCUCUGGAAGGCCUUUAUUUCCGGGAACCUCUGACAUUGACCAGAUUAACCACAUAUUUAAAAUCCUUGGCUCUCCCACCAACGACAUUUGGCCAUCUUGGGAAACGCUUCCUGGUGCACGGCUGUUUUCAUCAUCUGUGUCGGCAGCCUCAAAUUCUAAUAGUCGCACCCACAAGUACAACCACCUGCGUGGGCUAUUUUCCAGCUCUGGUCUAAGCGAUAAUGCAUUUGACCUUAUGAAUAGGCUUCUUUUGUAUGAUCCAUCCAAACGGAUAACGGCCUUUGAGGCGCUUUCUCAUCCUUGGUUCGAAGAAUGUCCUCUUCCGAAGGACCCCUGUUUAUUUCCCACGUGGCCAUCACUUAACAUAAAGUCAAAGAAGCCUCAUUCAUCUAUUGCAUCUGAAACCGUUGGUGCUGAACACCAAGAGUCACAGAAAAAUAAAAAAAGAUGUUCUAGUUUUUCCGCAUAUGACUUUUUGCUGUAG